ACCUUCCGUCUGUCACCCAAACAAACUUCAAUUUCAUUCAAGUGAAUCGGCGGUUACGUUUUACGAUUGGGUUUAUUUUGGUCGUAAUGGAGAGAUUUAUUUAAAGUUUUCCAUUGCAAGAACAAAACUAAGUUUGUGAGAGACUUUGUGUUCAUAAAAUGUCGGACAGUGAAAGUGACUUAUUGCCCAGUAAUGUGUUUACCUUUCAGAAUGAGAACACGACUGUGUGUGCAAGGGGCCCUAACAUAAACAAUGCCAAUAUUACAAAUUUGAGUUUUCGAAACAACGUUAUGACCUCAACCAUGCAUAUGUCCCGAAAUUUCGGAAGACAGCGCUAUGGCGAACCCAGUUUUGACCAGAGGAGUAUGUACAGCAGGAGAGAGACAUCACCUAUGUCUAUGUACAGUGGAUCGGACAUGCGAGGACGAAAUCAGUCGUACUACCACGGCGGGGUGAGCUCUCAGCGGUCCAUGUACAAUGGCAGAAGUGGAUCUCCCAUGUCAAUGAGAAGUUUAGAUUCUAAUGCCACUGUGAGUGCUGUAGAUAUUGCAUUAGCAAUAAAAAAUAAUAACUUCAAUAUAAAUGAUUUGAAAUUGAUCAAAGAAGCUUACGACAAGUUCAUGAAAAAGCGAAUAAGGAAAAAAAUUGAGAAAAGAAGAAACAUUAAAUUAUUUCUGAAGGGAUAUCGGCGUAAAUCUGGUUACGACUCUGGAGAACUAGGCAGUGACUCUUCCAUUAGUAGUGACGACUGUAAAUCAACCGCAUCAGCCAUGUACAGAGAUAAUAUGUCUAGUUGUAGAUCAACACGGACAGACAUGACUGAUUUUAGAAAGAAAAUUAAUGAAAGCAACAUGUAUAAAGAUUGUACAGAUAAUUUCAAACAAAAUGCAAUGAAGAAAAUGUUUUCCGUGCCUUCUGUGAAUGCAAGAGAUAGAUUCAAUACAUCAAAUGCUUGCCCAAGUAUGCAAAAUCUACCAGGACCAACCCCAAAAGAUAAAUACAAUACCUCAAAUGCUUUGCCAUCUAUGCAAAAUCUACCAAUACAAACUCAGAAAGAUAGAUUCAACACCUCAAAUGUUCAGAGCACUAUGCACAAUCAACUCACUCAGAGAGAUAGAUUCAAAAAUGGCUUCCUACUACCAUCUCAAAGGUUCAAUAAAUCAGUUGCAUCAAUACCUAUUCCAGAAAGAGAUAAAUCACAGGGUAAACCUAAAAAUCACACAAGUAAUAAAUAUAACACACAAGAAAAUAAUGAAACUGACAGUGAUCAUGAAGAAAUAUUCAAACAAGCUAAUGGUACCAUUAUUAAGGAACCUAAUGUGCAAGUAUUAGUAAACGAAGACAAUGUUAGUGAAGCACAGAAAAAUAAUAAUGACUUUGAGUUCAUUAAACCUCAAUUACCAGUAAAGAAGGCUGGACCAGGCAAAAUCAAAGAAAAACUAAUUUCAAAGUCUGCCCCACCUUUAACAGAUGCUAUACUACCUCUUAGUGUACCACAAACAGAACCGACUGAUGAAGAGAAGCAAGUAACAGCUGAAGAACAACCAAAUACAACUCAACACUCGACUAGUGAUGUAUCAAUGAGACCUAGUUUCAUCAAGAGAAAGUUAUUCAGCCAAAAAAUGGAUGUCACUGAAAGAAAAAAUAUGAGCAAUGAUGCUAUAAAUGUAAAUAGUCCUCAGACUAAUGUUUACAGUGCCAUACAACAAGAGAAACAUAAAGCAAGGAAACUGGUUACGAACCAGUCGUGUCUUAGUCGAGAUGUGGCUAAAGAGGACAAUAACUUGCUGGAUUUGAUUCAUAAGAUAGUCCCGCCGGACCGCAUGAACGCGACAAAUGUUACAAACAAAACUAGUAUAAGUAGCAUAGGCAGCAAAAAUCAGCAACUCGAUGAAGAUGACAAGUGGGAUGUGACUUCAGUAAUUUCGACAUGCAAUAAUGACGAUGUAAGCGACACCUACACAGAUGAAGAAAUAUUUGCAACGGAUGAGAACAAGCAAGAACCAAAAGCUAAGACUAUUAAGAAUAAUGUCAUUAACUCUAAGAAAAUUAAUGAUUGUAAAGUCCUAGUUGAGAAAAUGCCUAAAAAUGUUAUGGCAUCUGCCAUUCCAGAUGUUGAAGUUAACAAAGCCCUUGUUCCGGAAGAUAAUGAUAAGCAUAAGAAAAAUGUGUACAACUGUGUCAAAUCAUUUUGGGAUGCUGACUUUGAAAGUGACAUAGAAACUUCUAUGCCUAAGCAGAGGAUAUCUGCUGUUAAAGAAAACCAUAUAGCUGCAAAGGAAAAUCUGGCUCAAUCAAAAAGUAUCAUCACAGAAGCUAACAAAACUGUCAAGAACCAAAAUCCACUUAACAUAAGUCUUGUAUCAGUUUCAGGAAGCAUAAAAUCUAAAACAAUGCCCACUAAUAACAUGGGAAAACUAAAGUUUAAUGUUAGCAAAAAUCUUAGCAUCAGAUCCUUUUUGUCACCCAUACAUAAAAAAACAAAAUUGAAAGAACAAAAAAUAGAAGUAAAUCCGAAAACAUUAGAUUACAAAUCUCCCAAUGUAGAACCAGAGGUCAAAAAUACCAAAAAAUCUAAUAAACAGAGUACCACUACUAAAACAAAAAGUAAAGACACAAAUAGCAAGAAAGAAGUAAAGAAACCAAAUAAGAGUAUAGAUACUGCCAAAAACAAUAAAACAACUCCAUCCCCUGACAAAACCAAAAAUAACAAAACAACAAGUAAAACUAAUAAAAAACCAACUCCAGUUAAAAGUAAACAAAACAAUAAAGUGACGCAAUCUGUAAAUAAAAAUAUUAAAAAACCAGUAUUAUCGCCAAAUAAAACCAAAAAUAAUAAUAAAAAAACUCAAUCUCCAAAUGAAAUUAAGAACAAAGAAAACAAUCAGCAAAGUAGUAAUUCUACUGAUAAAACUGUUGCUAAUAGAAGCAUAUCUUCUAGAUCUAUCAGGACGCCUAAAAGAAAAGCCUGCUGUGACGACGCCGUUGAACACGACAAAUCAACUAAAUCGAAUGGGAAUCCCAGUAAAAAACCCAAGUUGGUAGAGAGUAUUCCUGAUAAAAGCAAACCUACAAAGAAUAUAAGUGAUAACAAAAAGAAUGUGUCUAGGAAAAAAGCCCAACCUGUAGCGGACCUUUCUCUAAUUUACGAAAACGAAAGCCCCAAUAUGACAUUACGGUCAAAAAGGCGUGUAGAUUUGUCCAGCUCUAUAAACAGUUCUACGGAACUCGCUACAUUGAAGCUUAGAAAUCUGAGGACGAGGCGAGUCGAUUUAUCGUCAUCAUUAAAAAACUCUUCGCUCGAUGAUAAUGUAACAAUUAUAAAGAAUUCUCGAACUAAAACACAAGUAAAGAAAUCAACCGCGAAACCCAGCCAUGCGGAAUUACUCGAUAAAAGACAAAGGCGCUGAACGAUGGGUCCGCUAGUCGGGUGCUGAAAUUCGUCGUGAAACCGCUGGCUUACGGCAGUGAAAGUAUUUUAUUAUUUUAUGUACUUUUAAAUUAUGAUUAUGGAAUUUAAGAGACAUGUAAAAUAAAUAUUUGUUUGUAAUAUAUUCUGAUUUCUUUUAUAUUUAUUCCCUGGAUACCAAUAAGGUUUUCUUUUCAUUGGCGUAUCUGUUUAGACGAACACUACACUCAUCAUUUAGAGGUGUACUUUUGAUGAAUAAGGGGUUUCAUUUGCUAAUACAACAUAGCAUUUAUUUAUUUGUGAGUUUUGUGACUAAAUUAAAACACAUUUUUUAAUAAAGUUAUUAUUUAUUUGAUAAGACAUUCACAAUCUGAAAACCAGAGGCAAUUAAUAUCUGCUGUUAAGGCAAUUUAUGAAUGCUAAAGUAAAUAAAUUAAUUAUCUAUUUUAUCUUAACCAGCGAAUAACAUCUUCCGGCCAACAAGUCGUUAGUUGUCCCGCGAGGAACUGCCCUGCUCUAAAUACAUUUAAAAUUAUUCUGAAUUAGUAUACUCCUAUAGUUAGUUAUUAGUGCAAACAUUGUCAAGUCUUGUAAUGAUUAACCUAAAAUUGUGGUCAUGUAAAUAUCACAACUACAUGGAACCGUUUACCGACUGUCAGGUUCAACAAUAUCAGUGAAAGUUACGUAAAUACAUAAUUUUAAUACAAAGCGUAUUGUCCAAAUACUUUCAGAUCUUGCUUCACUCGAGACUGCUAAUUUAGUAUUAAUAUAAUUUUAGCCAAAUGCAAUACUAUUAACAGAAUUAAACAAGUAACAGUAAACCUCUCCA